UUGAGCCUUUUGAGCGUUGCACGAUGAGAUAUGCCUGGGAAAAUUGACCCAAGAUAGCUGAGCUUCGAAACUCGAGAUUGAGGAGCACUACUGGGCAUCCACUUCGUCCUCCGUUUACGACGGGUCGUCAGCGGUAUACGGAGACCGCGCGGGAGGUUACUCGGGUGCCUUAGGGACAGAUUUACGGGGGUCGUCAGGAGUGGUGCAUUGUUGCACUUGCAACGCGCAGGAAGCUAGAUCACGCACAGUGUGCCCAGUAACUUAGCUAUGACCACGGAAAACAGGAGCAAGUCUGUGUCACCUUUUCUUCUUCUGUGUGUCUUUACGUCGGUCUUGUCUCCAUUUCAGUUCGGCUAUCAUGCAGGGGUCAUUAACCAGCCGAGGGAGGCUAUGCACACAGCCAUACCCAUGGACGACUGGCAGUGGGGCUUCUUCGUCUCGGCAUUUCUUCUUGGCGGGACGAUCGGAGGUCUGACUGGCGGACACCUUUCGUCGGCGUUCGGCCGCCGCCGCUCCAUGGUAUACGGCAACAUCCUGUUUGCGCUGGGAACUCUCAGCAUCUCCUUUGCCCAAACCGUUCUGGCGCUGUAUGCUGGUCGGGUACUUGCCGGUGUUGCCUCCGGGUGGGCGACGGCCAUUGUACCCAUUUACAUCAACGAAAUCAGCCCGAAGGCCCAAAAGGGAAUCCUUGGGAGCAUGAACCAACUUGGCAUCGUUUUGGGGAUUUUGGUCAGCGUCCUCGUCGGAUUGGGAUUAGCGACCAUUGACGGCUGGCGGUACAUGUUUGGCCUAGCACUUCUUCCUUGCGUUUUGCAGUGGGUAUUGCUACCCAUGUGUGUCGAAUCUCCAGCCUGGCUUGCAUCUCGACGACUGAGCCGCGAUAGCCGUGAAGCACUCGAGCGUCUCUACGGAGUCUCUCGCACCUCUACCGACGACGAUUCAACAACCAGUCUGAACCAACGUCGACAGUCCGACGAGAGCAUUGAAGUUGGGGGAGACCAAGAUUUCUAUGAUGACGAGGACGCUAACGCGCAGUCACCCGAUUCUUUGCUUGCACCGCCGCUCACCAGUACCACCUCCUCGAGUCAGCUUCAUUCUCCGCCGAGCAUGUCCUUUAUCCAAAUGGUGACGGCGCCGGAAUUGAGGAGGCCACUCCUCUGUGCAGUUGGGAUUCACGUCACGCAGCAGUUCAGUGGGAUCAAUGCCGCGAUGUUCUAUUCGACAACGAUUUUCAUUCAAAACUACAAGCGCGAAACCGCGAUCUAUCUUACUGUCCUCAUUUCCGUCGUCAACACCAUAAUGACCCUCCUCUCGACGGCCCUCAUUGACAAACUCGGUAGAAGGCCAUUGUUACUUGUAUCAGAAUUGGGGAUGGGCUUGUGCUCUGUCGGCAUCUUCGCCGCAGCGAGUGUCGAAGGUGUCAACCCCGCCGCUAUUGUCGCGCUGUUGAUGGCGUUCGUUGGCAUGUUUGCGGUCGGAUUGGGCGGGAUCCCUUGGAUUAUCCUUCCGGAACUUAUUCCAUCUCACGCUCUCAGCCUGGCGGCCUCGUUGGGAACUGGAGUAAACUGGGGAUGUGCCUUCUUGUUGGCUUUCAUCUUCCCCGCUGCCGUGGAUGCAUUGGGCUACUCUGUUUUCCUCGUCUUUGCGACCUUCCUCGCUCUGGCAUUUACGUUGACGUACACAUUCAUUCCGGAAACUUCUCGAGGCCGCGCAACCCACUCAGUACGCCUUUGAGAUGGGUGUUUAAAUAUGUGGGUCCAGUUGCUCCUUCUCUCUAAGGAUCGCAUUGCGUCGUGAGCUUUCUUUUUGGCAGUUCGUGACGGUCAAAUGCUUUUGGUUUGCUGCGAUAGUUUUUGAAUUUAUCUUGUAUGUACAGUACUUGUGUAGCUUGACAUGAGCUGGUAUCUUUCUCAGAAACAUGUGCAGGACUCGGCUGUGCUCGCAGGCGGCUACGUCGCGCUGUCGAAAUCCGUUAAAACGUAACUCCGAUGCAGCCGGAACAAGAAAAUUCGCACGCACACUGCCGGACAAGAUUCAGAUCGGCUCAUGUAGGUCCUGCAUACACGGCUAUGCCAUUAUGUUCUCCGGGAAGAAAUCUCGUAGGAAUACUCUUUACCCGACCCUGGUAUAUCGGAUGCCUCUCUGUACAUCUAUGCCCAGAAAGAAUCGCAGACGAAGGUUGAACACAUCGGAAUAAGACACAGC